UUUUUUUUUUAUUUAUUGUUUUGAGCUUGAUGAACCAAGACAGUCAGUUUAGUUUGGGUCUUGAAAAUACUCAAAAACCCAACAGUCGUUUGUCAUUUGAUCAUUCCGAUAAUGACAUCAAACGUAGACGACUUGUUUCAGAAGUCCCAACUCGAUCGCCACAAGGAUCUGCCAAUGUAAGAGACUGCCAUGUCCAUCGGAAACUGAUUCUAUUAGACUCUAGAAGUGCAGUCUGCACCUAACCUGUCAACACCACCGGUAUCGCAACAAAUGAACCAAUUACAUAUUCAGGAUAGUCCACCUAAAUCAAGACAACAAUUGUUUUUGGAACAAAUGCAUAUUCGUAAUCAAAUCAGUAAGAACAAAGAAACAUCCAAUAGAGGUUCAAUCAGAGCAGCACUAGAGGAUGCACCCCUCAUCCAUCAUGCAUCCCAACCCAUGUAUGCGCAACAGUCACAGCCUAUGCAAGUCAAACAAACACCCUUAGAUAAACUUAGAGAACCAUUACAGCAGCAACAAGAACAAGAACAACAAAGAGUCAAUGUGAUAGGUAGAUCAAAAAAGAGAAAUGUAUGCAUCGGCAUGAUUAGUACAGAUAUUGUCGUAGAAAAACACCCUUUGAUCCUUAUCCGCGAUCAUAAUUUCGAAAUUGUCACAAUGGAAUCAGAAGGACGUCUUAACAAUCAAAACUACUCCUUCCGUGUCAUUUCUCGUAGUGUACCCAAGAAAUUCUAUGGUUGGAUUCCAUUUAAAGAUACCAAGGUAUUAGGUCCCUUAGUUGAUCACCGUUUGAUUUGGUGGGAUACAGUGAUUCCUCGAGGCAAAGCCAAUCAUACACGUACACCUAUUUACGUGAUUCUGUAUUGUCAACCGGAUAUGGUAGCCACUCUCUCAAAAUAUCUGAUGUCACAGCACGUGUUUCUCAAGACACCACCUUUUUACAACCCUGAAUGUCGAUUACAUAACCCACAUGCGUAUCUUAUUCCAAGUGAUGUUGCGAGGAUACCCAAAAAGAAACGACAGUUAUCGAGUGUGAAUUCGUUUGGUGUGAUUGAAAUCUUGAGUGAUGAUGAAGAGAAUGAGUUACAUGAAGAUGAUCCAAGUUAUGUAGAAGGCAUGACAGUCAGGUUGAUGGAGCAUCAGAUUCAAGGUGUGGGUUGGAUGAUGGAUAGAGAAAACAACAAGUCAAGCCAAGGUGGUAUCCUUGCUGAUAUGGGCUUAGGUAAGACCAUUCAAACAAUUGCCCUGAUCUUGUCGACUUUAAAGUCAGAAGAUCAAGCAACUUCAGAGCACCGAAUGACGUUGAUUGUGACACCACUUUCACUACUUCAACAAUGGGUAGAUGAAAUCAAGAACAAGACAGAGACCAAUACAUUGCGUGUGCUUAAACACCAUGGAGCCAAUCGUAUCAAGGAUCCCUGUCUUUUUCACAACUAUGAUGUAGUUGUGACUACCUAUCAAGUCUUGGCUUCUGAUAUGGGUGAAAAAAAAACAAGCAUUCGCAUCAAAAAGAACAAAGAUGGACUGGAUGAUUUUGUGAUAGAUGAAGAAGAAGAAGACAAGAUCAAAUCUGCUUGUGAUUUACCUCUUGCAUGGCAAAAACUAAAAAAGGGCUAUGGUGCACUAUUUCAAGUCAACUGGUAUCGUGUGGUGCUUGAUGAAGCUCAGCAAAUCAAGAACAGGACGACCAAAGCUUCUUUAUCGUGUGCUGAACUUUCUUCUGUCAAACGGUGGUGUUUGACGGGUACACCGAUCCAAAACAAUGUGGAUGAACUCUAUAGUCUUCUGAGAUUUCUCAAGAUUCAACCCUUGGCUGACUAUAACAGUUUUCGACACAAUAUCACCAACCCCAUUCAUGCUGGAGAUUCUCAACGUGCGAUGGAACGAUUAAAAGCAGUGUUGAUGGCAGUCAUGUUAAGGCGUACAAAGAAUGUUCUGAAAGAAGAAGAUGGUCUGGUCGAUGUGAGGGUAGAAGAUGAACUCAAGGCAGCAGCCAAUCUUCAGCUUCCAAACAAACAAAGACAGGAUCUCAUGCUCAGGUUGACUGAACCUGAAAAAGCCUUGUAUGACAACAUUAUUGCUCGAGGUAAAAGUAAUCUACAGGCCUUGUUUGACAAACAGCAUGGUGCUUAUGCCAGUGUGCUUUAUUUACUGCUUAGAUUACGCCAAGCAUGUGAUCAUCCUCAACUUAUUCUAAAAGAGUUUGAUAAAGAUAGUCUAGAUAUUGAGUCAGAUGUCAACUUGAAUGACGAUGUGAUCAACAAGUGUCAAUUAUGCGGCAGGCCUGAUGUAUUGCGUGUGUGUACAGAAUGUGGAGAAACCAGUAGUGUCUCGCUCCAGAGCGAAACAUUCAAAUCAAGCACAAAAGUCAACAAACUGAUUGAGAUUCUAAAGGAAACUCGAGAAAACAAUCCUGGUGAGAAAACCAUUGUGUUUUCUCAGUUUACUUCCAUGUUGGAUCUGAUUGAAAACCCCUUAAGAGAACAUGGAUUUCAUUUCUGUCGUUAUGAUGGUUCUAUGUCUGGCAAUACAAGAGAGAGAAACCUGGAUAGUUUAAGAUAUGAUCCAACUUGCACAGUCAUGCUGAUAUCAUUAAAAUGUGGAUCAUUAGGUUUGAAUCUUACUGCAGCCAAUCGAGUGAUUCUGAUGGAUAUCUGGUGGAAUCCAGCAUUAGAAGAACAAGCUAUUGAUAGAGUACAUCGUAUUGGUCAAAGACUACCCGUUUAUGUCACCAGAUUGAUUGUGGAUGACACAGUAGAAUUAAAGAUCAUGGCCUUACAGAAUGAAAAAGCACAAUUAACUAAGGGUGCUAUUGGGGAUGGACUGGUCAAGUCAACCAAAUUAACUGCAAAUGAAAUUAGAAAACUAUUUGACUUGUAGACCUGUCGAUCCUUCUAUGUAUUCUUUCUUCUCUUUAUAGAAUAUCACUUGUUACACUUUGUAUUUAUAUGCCCACACGGAACAUUCUGAUCGAAUGAUCCAAUGAGGUUAUGCCCAAAAAGGAAAUUGAUGACCAAUCAGUUUAAUAGAAAGAAUAAAUGGGCGAUCUCUCUCUUUUUUUUUUAAAAUAAGUAGUUUGCUCUUAUUUUGUACA